AAUAAAAGUUUUAUUAUUUCUUUCGCACGUCCGUUUUGAUUGAAGAAUUUCAAUUUAAAUUAUUAUUAUUAAAAAAAAUUUUUGAAAUAAAAACAGAAGAUACGCACACAUUAAUACUAGUAACACACUAAAUAAUAAUCAUAGAUUGAAUAGGAUCCUAUAAGAUAUUACAGUAAACAGAAUAUAAGUUUUUUCCAAAUUAAAUCGUUGAUUCGCUUUUGGUAUUAUUUGUUUCGAACGAAAAUCAAAAUGCAGUAUUCGUUAGCAGCAUUUUAUGAGCCGAGAGAUUUUUGCUAUAGUUGCAUUCGCUACAACAGCAAAUUAUACAAAUAACGUACACUCAAUAUGCAUUGAUGGCCAAACACGUACCAUAGAAUAUCCAUACAGUUUUGAAUUUCAAAUAUGUAAUAGUACAACAAUAUCAGCUGAUUUAUCAUCAGAUGCACAGUUUUUUGUAGCGACAGGUGUCCUAUCGAUGAUGUAUUGUAUUUUUAUAAUUGCGGUAUAUGCAAUUAUAGAUGAAUUAUAUCGUACAAAAAGUGAAUUCCCAUUAGCGGAUUUCUUUUUAACAACAAUUUUGGCAAUAUUUUGGUUGGCUGGAUCAUCUGCUUGGUCAAAUGGUACAACAGCACUUAAAACUGUGACAAAUCCAGAUAAAUUAUCACAGCAAUGCAAAAAUUGUACAUAUACAGUUGAAAGUUUUUCUAAACUGAAUAUAUCACUGUUAAUUGGAUUUUUGAAUUUCUUCUUAUGGGCAUCUGGUUUAUGGUUUUUGUAUAAAGAAACCAUAUGGUUCCAAGGAAGGCAGGCGAAACAACAAAAUGUUGGAGCUGGUACUUCAACAAUGGGUCAACAAAAUGUUUAAAUGUAUAUGUAAUAGAUGAAUGUAAAAAAUGUAAAAUUUAAACUAAAAUCAGAAGAGUAUAAAUUUUCUUACAAAAAAAAAAAACAUAAAUAAAAACCACCUACAAAUAAGUAAAGUUUUACAAAGAAGAUAAAAAAAAAGGAUCUUGCAGAAGUAGAAAUUUUUUUAUUUUUUGAAUUGAAAAUAGUCAUUUUUUGAAGUUUUUUCUUUUAUUUGUAACUUGUAUUAUUCUUAAAUAUUUAAUUUUUUUUGUAUAUUAUUCUUAAUUAUUUAAUCUUUUUUGUUGUAUUUUGAAAUAAAGUAAAGAAUUAAGUAUAAUUAUUAUAAAAAAUA